UAUGUGAAUCCAUCAUUAAUUUCUCUGACAACGAGUGUUCGAAGUCUUUCAAAAUUCAUCAACAUUCAAAAUGUUGUUCAUAAAUUUUUCUUCGUGUCUAAAAUUUUAUUCCACUUUCCACUCCAACCUUUUUGUCACAUUUUUGUAAAUCAAUUGUUUAAAAAUCUCCCCUAAGGUUAACCAUCACAAUUAUUUAUAAUCCUCGCAAUGGCGGUGAGUUGCACAAACGGGACGCCUUCCCCGCAUCACAUCCCCGGUUAUGAUGGUUUUGUACCUGGUCACUUGGCCACCAUCGGUCGGACCUAUGCUAAAGGGACGCACGAUGUUCUUCGGACACUCGGACUGGCCGGUGUGAAGGACAAACCUUGCACGAAGUCUUGUCGGAGUGGCGAUCCAUGCGCGGAUCACUGGAGAGAUUUGAGGGCAAGGAUGCACAUGGUGCAGGGAGAAAUUGAUCCAAAUCCUUGUCAGGGAACCGACUGGAACAUCCGGAAUAAGUUUUGUGUUCAGAAACCCCAAAACCUCUGCGAGCCGAAACUAAAGAAAAUGAACCAACACGGCUACCUUUCCAGAUUGUCCGUCUACCAGAAGAAGAAUGGCGACGCCUUUGGGGUCACUUCCUGCAAAGCGGAUAACACUUUUCCCUGCAAAGCAGCAGCUCCGUCCAACAGACCGUUUUGGCGAGAGUAUGAAGAUCUCACGAAUUAUGACCCGUUCAAGGAGUAUGAGCCGGAAUGUAGACAUGUUCGCCUCCCAAAAUUAAAGUAUAAAGCGGAAACUUGCUGGGAUGAGGACUUUUAUUUACCGGUUGACGCUUACGAAGACUACUGUCGUGAAAAGUACGUUUGUCCCCCGAAAAAGUGUGAAUGUCUUCCUCUCGAUGCAAGGAAGCCGGACAAUGAGGUCAAAUUCUAUCGCCAUGAGCAGGACCCAGAGCUAUUCGUCGCACCUUAUUUUGCUGACCCUACGAACAAGUAUAGAUAUUUCAAGACUGGUUUUACGGGGCAUGUUCCAACCUACAAGUACCGAUUUGGCGAACCGUAUGAGCAAAGUACGAGGAAGGCGUUGAACAAGUGGACCUCGAGAUACAUGACGGAUCAUCUGAAGGCCAAGUGUCCCGUUUGGAUUGAUCCUGAACAGUAUUGCGACAAGAAUGACUACUUCAAGAUGAGCUGUAAACCACGCAAAACUUAUGACGGUCAUUUCCACGAGAAGAGAAUUCGAGAUCGCUUGAAGCCUAUCUUUAAUCCUAAAGAUUGCAUUCCUCCGUACACCAACGACCCGAUAGCUCUGUGUAUCCAGUCCAACAAUCCAACUUCAAAAGAUAUUUGCUAGAUAACUCAGUCACCUCUUAUCUUAAGGGUGUCAAAAUUAUAUAGUCGUUAAUAAUCAGACAAAGUCGAAUCUAAUGUAAAAUUAUGGCACAAAUUGAAAACAAAUAAAUUCUUGUAUCUCUCAAA